AUGACACAGUGUGACUGGAAAAAAGGUACUUUGAAUAGCAAGGUUGAUAGUGAGUCGGAAAAAGAGGUUGUUGAAUGGGUCAGCAAGUUGACGGGUGAAAAUAUCCCACUCGGUAUUGGGAAUAUUGCUGCAGCACUAAAGAAUGGCCAAAUCCUCGUCAAGCUUGUAAAUGUGGUUUAUGAGGGAACUAACCCCCUUCCUCCAACUGUCACCAAGAAGAAGCACCCAUUCAAAGUAAACACAGCUUCAGCUCCGUUCAAACAAAUGGAAAACAUCCAGAUUUUCCUAACCGCUGCCGAGGCCUAUGGUGUUCCCCGUACCAGCCUUUUCCAGACGGUUGACCUCUAUGAGAUGAGAAAUAUGUCUCAGGUGAUAAACUGUCUCCUUCAGCUUGGAACGGAGUGCCAGCGGAACAAUUUCAAUGGACCCACCUGUGGACCAAAGCCAACGUACGAAAACAAACGUGACUUCACUGAAGACCAGCUUGCCGCCUCAAAGACCAUUAUUGGCCUCCAGGCAGGCUCAAACAAAGGUGCUAGCCAGAAGGGCAUGAGCAUGGGCGCGGUCCGCCACGUCGCAGACAUAAAAGCUGAUGAAAUGUCCAAAGAAGCGCAGGGAAUUAUUGGACUCCAAGCAGGCUCAAACAAAGGAGCCAGCCAAAGCGGCAUGGCUAUGGGCUCCGUGCGCCACAUCACUGAUAUUAAGGUUGAUGAAAUGUCCGACGCGGGCAAAACCUCACUUAAUCUUCAGACGGGAACUAACAAAGGUGCCAGUCAAUCGGGCAUGGCCAUGGGUGCUAUCCGCCAUAUUGCGGACCAAAAUAUAUCUGAGAUGUCUGCAGAGGGUAAAAGCGUAAUUGGUCUGCAAUACGGCUCAAAUAAAGGCGCUAGUCAGAGUGGAAUGGCCAUGGGAACCAGGCGUCAUGUGGCUGAUAUUAAAGUGGAUCCAAUGUCCAGGGAAGGGGAAGGUAUCAUUGGGCUGCAGGCGGGCUCAAAUAAGGGGGCCACUCAAAGCGGGAUGGCAAUCGGUUCUAUGCGUCAUGUGGCCGAUAUUAAAGUCGAUGAAAUGACCAAGGACAGUCAUGGUGUGAUUGGCUUACAGGCCGGCACCAACCAAUAUGCUACCCAGUCAGGAAUGAGCAUGGGCAGUAGACGUCAUGUUGCCGAUAUUAAAAUUGGAGAAAUGUCGAAGGAAAGUGCAGGAAUCAUUGGACUCCAAUCGGGCUCUAACCAAGGAGCAAGCCAAGCCGGAAUGAGCUUUGGAACACAGCGACACAUUGACAAUGUCAAAGUGGGAGAACUUAAGUAG